AGGAAACACAGACACCCUCAUUUGAAUAUCCCAUUCCCAACUUCUAGAAAAUUCUCUUUUAGGAUAUAUAGAGCCAGGAAAGUCUGUCACAGCCACGCUAUCCACCGGACACAGCUCGGAGAAGCAACCCUGCGAUAAUCAGUGCCAGAAUGAAAAUCGCAGAAAUGAAAACAUCUCAAGAGUGCAGCUGCUGUUGGAGACAGACAGGAUGUGGAUGACUAACAUUGUAGGCCUUUGUCUGCUGGCCUUGGUGGCCUCUGCAGAGGAUGUGAAGCUGAGCACCCACGCUACUGCGCUGGCUGAUAAGAGCACCAACUUGGCCUUCAGCCUCUACCACACCAUGGCAAAGGAGAAAGACACAGAGAACAUCAUCAUUUCUCCUGUGGUGGUGGCCUCCUCUCUGGGGCUGGUGGCUCUUGGUGGCAAAGCCUCCACUGCCUCCCAGGUGAAAACAGUCCUCAGCGCUGACAAACUCAAGGAUGAGCAUCUGCACGCAGGCCUGUCAGAGCUCCUCACUGAGGUGAGCAACGCCAAGACACGCAACACCACCUGGAAAAUCAACAACCGCCUCUACGGCCCCAGCUCUGUGUCCUUCGCUGACGAGUUUGUGAAGAACAGCAAGAAGCACUACAACUACGACCACUCCAAAAUCAAUUUCAGGGACAAGAGGAGCGCAGUGAACUCCAUCAACGAGUGGGCGGCCAAGUCCACAGGCGGCAAGCUGCCUGAGGUCACCAAGGACGUGCAAAACCCAGACGGAGCCAUGAUCGUCAACGCCAUGUUCUUCAAGCCUCACUGGGAGGAGAAAUUCCACGAUAAAAUGGUGGACACCCGUGGUUUCCUGGUUAGUCGCUCAUUUACUGUCGGAGUUCCCAUGAUGCACCGCACAGGUCUUUAUGAUUUCUACGAGGACACAGAAAAUAAAGUCUUUGUGCUGAACAUGCCUCUGGGCCAGAAACAGGCCUUCAUGAUCCUUAUCAUGCCCUAUCACCUGGAGCCCCUGGAGCGCCUGGAGAAGCUCUUGACAAGGAAGCAGGUGGACACUUGGCUCAGCAAGAUGGAGAACAGAGCCGUAGCCAUCUCCCUGCCUAAGAUCUCAGUGGAAGUCAGCCACAACCUGCAGAAACACCUGGCUGAGCUGGGCCUGACAGAAGCUGUGGACAAAGCCAAGGCUGACCUGUCCAACAUCUCUGGAAAGAAGGAUCUCUACCUUUCCAGCGUCUUCCACGCAUCAGCCCUGGAGCUUGACAUCGAAGGAAACCCAUAUGACACAAGCAUCUUCGGUACUGAGAAGAUGAGGAACCCCAAACUCUUCUACGUAGAUCACCCCUUCAUUUUCCUGGUAAAGGACAACAAGACCAACUCCAUCCUGUACAUCGGCAGAGUGGUUAAACCUAAAGGGGACAAAAUGCGUGAUGAGCUAUAAUGUUUAAAGUUAUAAAUCGUGGUGGGUAGCUUUAUUAUUUGUGAAAUUAUGGCAGGAAACGGUGCACGUGUGUAAUUGUGUGGGAUUUUAUGCGCACGCAUGUUUUGUUUUUGGUAUGAUUGUUACCUCAGUGGCACAUUCCAAUUGACAAUCUGUGGACUGAAUAUCCGAGCUUAGAAACAUUCGACUUUCCCAGGGAACAAAUCUGUUUACAUGGCUUCGUCUUAAGAACAUGCUGGUUUGAAUAAUCUAAAAAAAAAAACACAGACGUGCCUUUUUUAAGACUUCCACAAACAAACAGCAGUCGGCACAGCAGACAGCAUGCUUAUAUUAAGUACGAGUCCUCUUUCACAUCCUGUUUUUGCCUGUGUGUGUUCAGCUACGACCUGUGUUUGUUUUUUUUGCAAUAUCUUUAAUGUUUAAAGAGAAAAAAGAUCGAUGCACAAGCUGUUUUACAGUGCCGUCUCAUUCCCCCUCUCAUUUUGCCUCCAGUCUGCACUGAACUGUUCCCCUGCACGAGCUGAGCUUGCAGGGGAAAGGUGGCAAAACGUCUGGUGCUUAAUUUAAGUUGCAAACCAUCUUCUGUGUCGUUUUCUUGCUGUAGGUAUUUUCCACAAAGAAUCUGUUGGAAUUGUGUGAUUUAUGUGAUCAAUGUGGACCUUUUUCAAUAAAAAAAAAUGACGAGAACAUA